GACAGCCUUCUGAGCCCGCCAGGAGGAGCCGGCCCCAGCUACCCCGGCUGCCGUUCUGGGAGCCACCUCCGAGGAGCAGGCGCAGGUUUGAGGGUGCUGGGACAGGGCCAGCCCGGCAUGCCGAGCCCUGGGCACUGAGGCCGCUGCCCGUCAUGAAGGACCCAGCGGAGACGGUCACUGAGGAGCCCGCCCCAAGGGCGGCUGCAGGGCCCUCGGGCAGCAGUGGUGGCGACAAGGUCCAGAGAGAGGCUGUGAGCUCAUCCGUCAGCUGGGUUCGAGCAGGACCUGAGGAGGCCCAGGCUCCGGGCAGAGACGGUGCUGCUCCUCACCCUGACAUCCCUCUGCCGGCCUCCAGGACCCCUCCAGGCCAGAAGGGAGCGUACCCCACAGACCUGACGCUGCAGCUGCAGGCCGUGCGGAGGAAGAGCGGGCGGCCGGAGCCCCGUCUGCAGCAGGCCCUGCGGGCGCGGCUCCGCUUGCUGGAGAACGACAGCUGGGAGGUGGCCCGCACCCUCGGGGAGUUAUCGGCCAGGCUGCUGUCCAUCCACAGCGACCAGGAUCGGAUCGUGGUGACCUUUAAGACUUUCGAAGAAAUCUGGAAGUUCUCCACCUACCAUGCUCUUGGCUUCACGCAUCACUGCCUGGAGAACCUGCUCACGGACCAGGCCUUCUGGCUGCUCUCGCCGGACGAGGACGAGGAGACGACCAUCCGAGUCCACGUGGACGAGGAGGCCUUGAAGCUGACGCACGAGAGCCUCCUCGUCCAGGAAGGGCCUUUCUUUGUCCUGUGUCCUGACUGCCACGUGAGAGCUACGACUGUUCCCCAGGGUGCAGGGAGGGGCCACCAGCCCCUCAGGCCGGCUUCGGGGGCUCCCCAGGGAGAGACCACCCCAGCAGCGGCAGCGGACGCUUCGGCUCCGGGCCUCAGCGAGACCUCCGAGGAGGCGGCGGCCGCUGCGGAGCCUUUGAGUCCGUUUCAUCAAUGGGCCCUUAGGGUCACCCGGGACUCCUUUGAUGACUCCGUGGGUGGACCUAUGGCGCCAGACGUCCAGCUGAUGGCCGUGGGCCAGGCCGCAGCCGUGGGAGACUAUCAGGCCUUGGGGCCUGGAGAGAUGACCUUCCAGAGUGGCGACCUCAUCGAGAUCCUGGGCGCCCAGGUGCCGGGGCUGCCCUGGUUCCUGGGCCAGCACGUGUCGUCGGGCCAGGUCGGGUUUGUGCGGACAAGUCUCGUCCAUGUGCAGGGCCACGUGUCUGAGCUGGAGAGGGUGGUUUUCCUCAGUGAGGAAGAAAGGUGCUUCUUCAGCAGGGAAGGCCGCUUCACCGAGGAAGACGGCGGGCGGCUGCUGCGGAGGACGGCGGGCGCCGGCGUCUGUGCGGCCUACAGCUUGGACAGACUAGGAGAAGCCGAGACCGAGCAGCCAGCGGAACAAGAAAUGCCCCUACCUGGCCUGCACCCAGAGCCACGUGAGACCCUGCAGAAGGUGAAGGACAUUCUAGAACAAUGUAAGCCCUGCCACAGCUGCCCCGAGGAGCCAGUGUCCUGGGGUCUCCACACCGUGCCCAGUGGUGUGAGCUCAUCGGACAGUGAGGAGCCCCCCUUCUGCCUGGACGCUGAGGACGACUGGGCUGACCCCGAGGCCCUGGGCCCACUGCUGCGGUUUCUGGACGCCCCCGGGUGCGAGGCCGGCUUCCGCGGCCUGUAUGAGCUCUCCCUGCCAGGCCUCAGCACCAUGUUCCCUGGCUUCGCUGACGAGGAGGAGCUAGCCGGUUGCCUGGCACAGGCCCGGGGGGUGGCCAAGAAGGCGGACCUCCCCAUGGCCCUGGCCAGGCUCUGCUUCCUCCUGGGGCGGCUGUGUGUGCGGAGGCUCAAGCUGUCCCAGGCCCGGGUGUACUUUGAGGAAGCCCUGGGGGCCUUGGACGGCCACUUCGGCGACCUGCUCCUGGCGGUGGCCCUGUAUGCCAACCUUGCCGCCGUCCACUUGAAGCAGAAGAACAGGGAGAAGUGUGAGCAGGUGGUGCCCAAAGCUUGCGCCCUGCUGCUGGGGACGCCCGGCCACGUGUGCAGCACCGAGGUGGAGGCGGAGCUCCUGAGGCAGGCCCUGCGGAGGGCCGUGGGCGGCCGGAGCCCGCAGGCCGAGGCCCGGGCCUGCUUCCUGCUGGCCAAGCACCAGGUCCGCCUGAAGCAGCCCGAGGCCGCCCUGCCCUUCCUGGAGAGGCUGCUGCUUUUGCACAGGGCCUUGGGCUCCCCGGACGCCGCGUGGCCUGCCGACGGCUACCUGCUCCUGGCAGACAUCUACAGCCGCAAGUGCCUGCCGCACCUGGCACUGAGCUGCGUCAAGGUGGCCUCGCUGCGGACUCCGGGCUCGCUGGCCAGCUCGCUCCGGAGUGUGGACCUGGUUUUGCAGAACACCCCUCGGUCCCACCGCCUCCCGGCCCAGAUCGCCCACUACCUCAGGCGGGCGCUGGCCUGCCUGGGCGCGGGCUCGGGGCGGGCACUGCGCGGCCCCCUCUAUGCCAGCCUGGCCCAGCUGUACAGCCACCACGGGCAGCAGGACACGGCCAUCUCCUUCAUGACGCAGGCGGUGGCCGCCGCCGCCCAGACAGGCAGCCACCUGGCCGUGGACUACCUGGUGGCCCUCGCCUGGCUCCACGUGCUGCACGGGCAGAGCCCGGUGGCCCUGGACAUCCUGGAGUCCGCUCGGGGUGCGGCAGUGGCCAGCGGGGGCCAGGAGGGAGCCAUCACCAACAUGAUGGCCAUCGCCCUGAGGAGGACGGGCAGGACCCGGCAGGCCGCCGAGGGCUACCACCGCGCCCUGAGCAUCGCCAAGGGCCUGGGCCAGCCACGGAACCAGGCCGUGGUCCUGGCCAACUUCGGGGCCCUGUGCCUGUGGGCCGGCGCCAGCGGGCUGGCCCAGCACUACCUCCUGGAGGCCGUGAAGCUCUUCGCCCGGCUGCCCAGCGGGGAGUGUGGCCCGGACUUCACCCAGGUGCUCCUGCAGCUGGGCCACCUGCACACUCGCCGGGCCCUCGUCCAGCAGGGCAAGUGCUACUAUGAGUGGGCCUUCCUGGUCGCCGUGGAGACAGACCACCUGGAGAGCCAGCUGCACGCCGUCCAGCGACUGUGUGACUUCUACAGCACAGUCAGGCCCAGGAAGGCCCAGUGUGUCGCCUACCAUGAGCUCCAGCUGUCCCUGGCCCGAAGGGUGGCUGACAAGGCGCUGGAGGGGCAGCUCCUGGAGACCAUCAGCCAGCUCUACCUGUCCCUGGGCACCGAGCGGGCCUACAAGUCAGCGCUGGACUACACCAAGCGCAGUCUGGGGAUGUUCAUCGACCUCCAGAAGAAGGACAAGGAGGCAUACGCCUGGCUGCAAGCAGGGAAAAUCUACUACCUGCUCCAGCAGAACGAGCUGGUGGACCUGUACAUCCAGGUGGCCCAGAACGCAGCCCUGUACACGGGGGACCCCAACCUGGGCCUGGAGCUGUUCGAGGCUGCUGGAGACAUUUUCUUCAACGGGGCCUGGGAGCGGGAGAAAGCCGUGUCCUUCUACAGGGACCGGGCACUGCCCCUGGCUGUGACCACAAGGAACCAGGAGGCGGAGCUUCGGCUGAGCAACAAGCUGGUGGCGCUGCUGGCCGAACUGGGCAUGCGCCAGGAGGGCCUGGAGUUCGCCCACAUGGCCCUGGCACUCAGCAUCUCCCUGGGGGACCGUCUGAAUGAGCGCGUGGCCUACCACCGGCUGGCCGGCCUGCACCACCGGCUGGGCCACGGCGAGCUGGCCGAGCACUUCUACCUGAAGGCGCUGUCGCUCUGUAGCUCGCCGCUGGAGUUCGCCGAGGAGACGCUGUACUACGUGCGGGUGUACCUGGCGCUUGGGGACAUCAUCUUCUACGACCUGAAGGACCCCUUCGACGCGGCCGGGUACUACCAGCUGGCUCUGGCGGCGGCCGUGGACCUGGGCAACAAAAAGGCACAGAUGAAAAUCUACGCGCGCCUGGCCACCAUCUACCACAACUUCCUGCUGGACCGCGAGAAGUCCCUCUUCUUCUACCAGAAGGCCCGGACCUUCGCCUCCGAGCUCAACAUCCGCAGGGUCAACCUGGCCCCCCAGCGCUGCUGGGGGCGCGCACCCUGGCUGGCCUCCGGGCCCCCGUCCUCGGGGCCCGGCCCGGGACUGGGUCCCCGCGGCUUGUUUUCUGGGAAAUAA